AUGAUUGCACCGGCCCUGCGGCCAGUUUCGAGUUGGACGAUCAGUACUUACCCAAUGGAACACCAAUAUAUGACCCAGACUCCCAUGCAGUCACCCAUGUAUUACUACACUCCUCAAAAGCAGCAGCACAUCCACUACAACUCGCACAUGGCUCCUCAGAACAUGGACUACUUUUCUCAACCCGUCUCAUCUCACGUUCUGUACUCUCAGCGCAGCUCUCCUCUCUACCAGCAACAGCCUCAGUACAUCUCGCAAGCUAUGCUCACUCCUGCUGCCUCGCCUCGCCCCCAGCACCAGAAGCCUACCAUCAUGCUCCAGCAAGAGAUGCACAACAUGAACAUGUCGUUCGACUCUGACUGCUACGGCCCUGCCACCCCCACUCUGUCUGCCACCAGCUUCAACUCUGCCGACAGCCCUCAGUCCAACUACCACAUGAUGCCCACGCCCGCCAACGAGCUUCACAUGAACCCUUUCGACGGGCUCAAGCAGAACUGUGAGGACGACAUGUUUGGUGAGUGGACUCACAGCUACCUGCUGUCGACGUCUGCAUGCCCAUCAUUGUCACCCUCGCCAUCGCCCAUCCCGCGCUCUGCCAUCAACGACGCCAGUGUCUGCGAUCCCCGCACUCUGACCGUCCCCAGCAACGUUCUCCCCUGUUUGCCCACCCUGUGCGCCGGCGAUGACGAGGAGCACAAGUUGAUACUCAAGGGCGACUUCACUCCCUCCAAGACUUUCGACGCGUUCGAGUUGAUGCCUGCCAACCACGGCUUCCCCACAUUCGAGCCUCUUUUCGAGCUCGACGUCGAGGACGACUUCUGCGCCAGCAAGCGCCAGCGUCUUGACUCACACUUCACCAACGACUCCAGCUUCUGCUUCACCGACGCCAGCUUCAGCGACGAGGACCUCACUUUCUCCCCUUGCCAGUCCGAGUUCUCCUUCACUUCCGGCCCCGUCAUCGACAUGACUCCCGCCCGCCGCACCGUCGCCAAGAGAUCGGACAAGGUCCCUCAGUACGCCGCUGCCGGACACUCGACCAACAGCCAGCCUCAGCAAGUUCCCAGCAACGCUGCUGCCUCUUCCUCCUCAUCUGCCUCUGGCGAUGACCACUCCCACUCUGGCCCUUCCUCCUCCUCGACCACCCGCCGUGGUCGUAAGCAGUCUCUGACUGAGGACCCUUCCAAGACCUUCAGCGAGACCCCUGACGCCAGCGAGCUCGGUGCCAUGCUCUUCGACCACGCCGCCGCGGUCGCCGGGUCCAGCAGCAGCAGCCAAUCGGGUUACGAGUCAGCUGAGGACAACAGCUUCCAGCAGAAGAAGAGAAAGCGCGAUGACUAG